UACUACAAAGGACACGGAAGGAUUUUUUUUCAAACAUAUGCUUUUCAGGAGGCCUUGAACAGCGCGGGAGAUAAACUUGUAGUAGUUGACUUCUCGGCCACGUGGUGCGGGCCCUGCAAAAUGAUCAAGCCCUUCUUCCAUUCCCUCUCUGAAAAGUAUUCCAAUGUGGUGUUCCUUGAAGUAGAUGUGGAUGACUGUCAGGAUGUUGCUGCAGAGUGUGAAGUCAAAUGCAUGCCGACCUUCCAGUUUUUCAAAAAAGGACAGAAGGUGGGUGAGUUUUCUGGAGCUAAUAAGGACAAACUUGAAGCCACCAUCAAUGAAUUAGUUUAAUCGUGUUUUCUGAAAACAACCAGCCAUCGGCUCUGUAAUUUUUUUUAUUUACAAAAAUGAAGAUAGAUCAAGUAUAGAGACUAUAUACUCAACUACCAUCUGAUUAUAAAUGACAAUAAAAUAUUAAUUCUACCCUUUUUAAAA